AUUCCAAAUUCCCUUGGUGCUGGCUUUGCUCCAAAGCAACACCCACCACUACUAGGCACCUCCUCUUCCUAAGAACAUCAUCACCACUACAUUCACGCCUUCACCAAUUCAACCAAAUAUACGACUUUCAUCCGAGCACGCAAUUCGUUCCUGCGACGCGCCCUGCGCUCGACCCGAUACUUUACGCGACAAACACGUCCGCUGAGCACGCACCAUGGCGGUCAUUACCACACCCCAACGCGCUCCCACCAUCCCAACCGACAAGACCACACUGCGCAAGAGCAUCAGCAAAGCGCCACGCACCAAGACGCCUCGCGUACCACUCACGAGCGCCGAGCUCGCCGAAAAAGCGCGCGAGAAAGCGAGCGCCGAUGAGGAGCUCCUCCGCGAGCGCGAAGCCUGCGCUAGCCGUCUGAGGGAAUCGUGGGAAUUGAUAUUUGAAAAGUAUGGGAAGGAUUUUGACGGGUGCGCGGACGAGAUUGAUCUUGACACGGGAGAGCUCUUGGUGGAUAAUGGGUACAUCCGAGGCAUGGUCAGUGAGAGUGAGGACGAUGACGAGGAGAAGUUCCGGUGGGGAGAGCUACUGGCCGGGGAUCUGUUGGCGGAGGGGCUGCAGCCGAAAGAGAACAAUCAGAAGAAGCUCGCGAAGAGGAAGCGCGGUAAGAGCGAGGAGACUAGAUCGAAGAAGAGUGUCAAACUGAGCGGGGAUGGCUGUGAGGAGUGUCGGCUAGGACCCAUUGCGGGCUGCUUGAGAUGUCCGCCGCUGUCGUUCAGCGCCAUAAACGACUACUCGCCGAGCAAGCCAACUUGGUCGCCCGAAGAACAGCAGCCCUCGUUCCCUCCGAUCCCAUCGCCUUCUCCAAAGAAGCCAGCAGUAAUUAAAGCUCGUGCGCCUCCUCCGAAGAAGCCAGCAUCCAUUCCAGCUCGUCCGCCUCCACGGAGUCGAGUGUUGGCCCCAACUCCGUCGCCUCCGAAGAAAGAAGCCCGUAUCGGUCCCGGUUGCGGUGUCUCCAAGGGAGCUGAGGUCGGCAUCAGUCCCAUCGCCUCCCUCAGCAAAGAAAAUACCAACCCAAUCUCCACCACCCCCGAGGAAACAGACGCCAACCCUGGCUGCGCCGCCUCCGAGUACGAAGAUCUCGGGCUCUGUCGCGUCAAUCCCAACGGAGCUGGGAUUUCUAUUCUUUCCAUCGCCUUCCCAAAGGAAGCAAGUAUCAUUUUCACCUCCCUCGCCCCCGAGGGAACAGAUGCCGGCCUCCACUGCGCCGUCUCCGAGCAAGCAAAUCUUGAUUCCCGUUACCACUUCCCCAAAGGUGUUGAGAUUGGGCCAACCGCCGUCAGCUUCCCCGAAGAAACUACUGUCAAUUCGAGCUCCGUCACUUUCUCCAGUGAAACCACUUUCAGUUCGAGCUCCGUCACCUUCCCCGAAGAAGCCAUUGUCGGUUCGAGCUCCGUCACCUUCUCCAAAGAAAGACAUAUCGUCUACGAAUUCCUCACCUUUGAGGAAGCAGACGUCGGUUUCCAUCCCGUCGUCUCCCCCCGUACCUACUGCCAGUCUACCAUCACCUGUAGCAGUAUCCAUCACCAAGCCGGUAUUGCCUUCGUCGCCUGUCUCGUUACCAAGCAUCACCAAUCUUAUGCCCCCUCCGCCGACCCCAUCACGACCGUUAGCUACGCCACAAAGGCUACCAAACUGGGCUACUAG